GUUGGUGCGGCGUGGACGAUAUAAAACGGAGUCAGCGAUAGCAGAUACUCAUUCAGUCGAGGAACUCCAAACGUACAGUACAUCCAAACGGUAGGCAGACAUGAAGGCGUUCAUUGUAUUCACCAUGGCCCUGGCCCUUGCCAGCGCAAAGGCAGUCGACAGCUCCAACAAGGAAAAGCGAGGACUGUGGGAACUGGGAUCGGCUCAGCACGAUUCGUACGAGAGCUACGGCUAUGACCAUCAGCAGUCCCAUGGAUACUACGGCAACGACUACGCCGAGAAAGAGGUGAAACAGGUCAUCACCAAGAAGGUCCCAGUUCCAUACCCAGUGGAGGUCGAGAAGCACGUUCCAGUCGAGGUGAAGGUCCCGUACCCCGUUGAGGUUGAGAAGAAGGUCCCGGUCGUCGUUGAGAAGAAGGUCCCGGUGUACGUGGAGAAGAAGUACCCAGUCCACGUUGAUCGUCCAUACCCGGUGGAAGUGAAAUACCCAGUCCAUGUCCCGGUGUACCAGAAGGAGUACGUCGAAGUGCCAAAGCCAUACGAAGUUCAUGUCGAUAAGCCCUACCCGGUGUACGUGAAGGAGCCAGUGUACGUCGAGAAGCCAGUCCCGUUCACUGUCCUCAUCAAGAAGGAGCACAAGAAGCCAUUCUUCGAAAUAACGAGCAACUUUCUGACGAAACAAACUUUCUUCCAGGCGUUCAUUGUGUUCUCUGUGGUCCUGGCCCUUGCCAGCGCGGGUACAGUCGACAGCUCCAACAAGGAAAAGCGAGGACUGUGGGAACUGGGAUCGGCUCAGCACGAUUCGUACGAGAGCUACGGCUAUGACCAUCAGCAGUCCCAUGGAUACUACGGCAACGACUACGUCCAGAAGGAAGUGAAACAGGUCAUCACCAAGAAGGUUCCAGUUCCGUACCCAGUGGAGGUCGAGAAGCACGUUCCAGUCGAGGUGAAGGUCCCGUACCCAGUUGAGGUCGAGAAGAAGGUCCCGGUCGUCGUUGAGAAGAAGGUCCCGGUGUACGUGGAGAAGAAGGUCCCAGUGCACGUUGACCGUCCAUACCCAGUUGAGGUGAAGGUCCCAGUCCAUGUCCCGGUCUACAAGAAGGAGUAUGUCGAGGUCCCGAAGCCAUACGCAGUUCAUGUCGAGAAGCCUUACCCAGUGUACGUGAAGCAGCCAGUGUACGUCGAGAAGCAGGUCCCAGUGACGGUGCACAUCAAAGAGCACCACAAGAAGCCAUUCUGGGGUUGAAAGACUGUUUAAGAGAUGUAGAGAAACUGGUAGAAUAAAGAUACAAAAC